AUGGCGAAUUUUCACUCUGUGCCUGCUGAUCCCGAGACGAGGUGGAAAGUUGCUAUUCGCCGGGACAACUUCGCGAUCACCGACCGUACCUGGGUUUGCAGCCGGCAUUUUACUCCGAAUGAUUUCCGUGACACAGCAGGGCGGCAGCUCUUGAAGAAAGGAGUCGUGCCCUCGCUUUUUGAAUGGAACUCUCUUUUCUUACCCCCACAAAGACCGGGGGUUUGGCAGAGAACAGAGCGACCGGCGGUAGCGGCGGUGGACUCGGAGCCUGAGGAUGCACCGGAGGAGGCAGCAGCGAGCGUAAACUCUGCCGGUCACCAUGACUACGCCUCUCUCCCAGAUCCUGCAGUGGUUGAUCUUGCUCUGGAGGAAAAUAGAUCACUCAGAGAGGAGAUCAAGCACUUGAGGGAAGAGAUAGAGAGGAUGACAGUGAGGCAGCGGUUUGGCAUCCAUCGCUUUGCCCACUCAGACCGAGACAUUCGGUUUUUCACAAGAUCCUGGAGCAAGUGUGUGAAGAACGCCAUAGCUACUCUGCAGCUACACGAGUGACCGGAAGUGGUUUCGCUGUUUGAGAAUCUAGUGGAAGUACGUCAGUCUAGCUCGGGCAUAUACCCUAUUGGAUUUUCCGUUCUGAAAUGGGUAAUGAAAAACAAAAGGUGAGUGGUUAUUUGAUUUUCGUUUUAAAAUACAAAAAUUAAAAUUGAAAUACAAGGCAUUUUUCCUUUUUAUGAUCAAAAAGAGAUAUACGACAUUUUAAAAAUGCUUCAAUUUUCAUUCUAUAUUUACAAUGACAAGAAAAUAAAAUCAGUACGAGGCAGAAACGGAACCGUUUUUUAAUUUUCUGAGACCGGAAGUGGUCAUCAGCAAGUGUGAAGCCAAACAGAGUACGGUGCAUAGACUGUGUAUCUUUUUCAUUAGUUUUCAUGAUCAAAAUGAGAGAUCAGGUGGCCGAUCUUAAAAUAAAUCAAUAUUGAUUAUUUUUUAUAGAGCGUUAAAGUUUUGUGAAGUCAGAGGGCGGGGCUACUUGAUUUACAGUCCGGUCUGGAAUGAUUGACAGGUCCUGUGGAGGAGGCAGCCCAGAGUGUGUUCUCCUCGUUUGGAUCAAUUACCUCCGCCAGGAGGUUAUGUAAUCAUUGGAGUUUGUUUGUCUGUUUGUCUGUUAACAGCAUAACUCAAAAAGUUAUGGACGGAUUUUCACCAAAUUGGCUGGUCAAUUUGCCAUCUCCGAGUGCUUUUCUAGUUUAGUAUGUGGUCCAAAGUAUGACAAAAACAUCAUAGGUUAGUAUGUCGUCCAACAAAUUGGAACAAGGUGUCCAGAUAGCUCAACUGGUUAAGAAGGUGAUUUGUAAACAGAACUGUGGCAGAGAUGCAGGUUUGAUUCCAGCUCAUGAUCCUUUACUGCAUGGGUUUCCUGUUUUCCUCUCUAUCCUUGGCGGAGGUCUGCAGUCUCUGAGUGCUUUUCUAGUUCUGAUAUAAUAACUGUUGGUUUAUUUAUCGGUGGAGCAGUAGAACCUUUUCCACAAACGGUUUACCGCCCGUUGGCUUGUUUGAACACGUUUUCUACCUUGGGCUGAUUCUACCAGCAGACACUGAAAGGACUCUGAUUGGUUGGUAAGUGUUUAUUUACUUAUCAGUGCCGCUUUUAAUGCACUUUAUAUGCAACUGUAGUGUCAGAUAUAAUGUGUGCCAUGCUCUCCAGAUGUUGGUAAAGUUUAUUUCAGUGUGUGCUGACCAGAGAAGAAAGUUAGCAUCCUGUAAAUAUUAGUUUUAAUGUUAGUAAUGCCAACCUAGCUAGCUGCUUAGUCGUAGCCUGAUUAAAGCUAACGUAGCAUUAAGCUAACGAUGUUUGUGUUGUUUCAUGUAAACAGCUGAAGUGUGUUGUGUUUGUGUAAUGUGGUACAUUUAGAUAA